AUGCAACCUUAAAAUUAAGACGGAGAACCAGAAAAGAUAGAAAAAGUACUUCUAAUGGGAAGAAUGAGUGCUGGUAAAACCUCAAUGAGAUCCAUCAUCUUCGCUAACUAUCUAGCUAGAGAUGCCUACAGAAUUACUUUUACUCAUGAUGUGUCUAGAUCUAGAGUCCGCUUUCUCGGAAACCUUGUGCUUUCCCUGUGGGACUGUGGUGGACAAGAUCUCUUUAUGGUUUAAUAUUUCCAAUCCCAAAGAGAGCAUAUUUUCAAGAAUGUUUAGGUUCUAAUCUAUGUAUUUGACGUGACUAGCAAAGAUUUUAAUGGAGAUCUUUAAUACUAUGAAAAUUGUCUCGAAGCCUUAACUGAGCUAUCUCCCAAAGCUAAGAUUUUCUGUUUGGUUCACAAGAUGGAUCUCUUAGCCGAAUCUCAAAGAGAGAAGACAUUCUAGGAAAAGAGAAUGAAGAUCGUUGAGAAGACUAAGGGAUUCGAAGUUGACUGCUUCAAGACUAGUAUCUGGGAUGAGACUCUCUAUAAAGCAUGGUCUUAAAUCGUGUACUUCUUAUUGCCUAAUGUAAAAACACUUGAGAAAAAUUUGGAAUAAUUCUGUCAAACUAUUAAUGCAGAUGAGGUUGUUCUUUUCGAGAGAUCAACUUUCUUGGUUAUAUCUCACCAUGAUGCCAAGGGGCAUGAGGAUAUGCACAGAUUUGAGAAAAUCAGCAACAUCAUUAAACAAUUCAAAUUGAGUUGCAUUAAGACAAGUUUCUAAUUCCAAUCAAUGGUGGUUAGAAAUCAAAAGUUUACUGCUUUCAUUGAUGAAUUUACCAGCAGUACCUAUAUCAUGAUCAUUGUAAGUGACCCAGAUAUCGAGCAAGAAGCGAUUGCCCUUAACAUCAAAGCUACCAAGGACUACUUUGAAGGAAUAGUUUCAAACUCUUUCUGA